AUGUCUGCGAUUCGAAGCGUUGCAAUUGCCGGUGCCUCCGGUGACCUCGGCACCCCAGUCCUAAACGCGCUCAUCGAAUCCAACAAGUUCAACAUCACCGUUCUGACCAGACACUCCUCCAAAGCACGAUUCCCCGAUACUGUCCGGGUGAUCCCCGUCGACUACAACUCCAUCCCGGAGCUCACCGCCGCUCUGAACGGCCAAGACGCCAUUCAUCCCCUCCGAAUUCAGCGCCGAUGUGGGCAAUCCCAAGGCUCCACAUUGCCCAUCUACCAGUCCAAGAUCGCCGUCCACAAGGCUCUCCAAGCGAAAGCGGCAGAGAACCCUGCGUUCACGUACACUUUGGUCCGCCAUGGACCCUUCCUUGACUGGGGCCUUAGGGCCGGGUUCUUUGUUGAUUUCAGGACUGACAUACCUCCCUUCUAUGAUGGUGGUGACCGGCCAUUUAGUACAACUACUCUAGCCACGAUCGCGAAGGCGGUGGUCGGAGUCCUGACGCAUUUCGACGAGACGAAGAAUCGACCCGUCUAUGUGCAUGAUCUAGUCACCACUCAGCGCCAGGUCUAUACUAUCAUCCAGAAACUAGCUCCCGAGCGGAAGUGGAAUCCAGUGGACGUUAGUACGGCCGAGCUGGAGGCUAAGGCGCGGGAGGAGUGGGCGAAGGGGAACACGGAUUUACCGUCUAUUGUCGGUCUUUUGUGUCGGGCAGUGUUUGCGGAGGGAUAUGGUGGGGAGUUUAAGAAGGUCGAUAAUGAGCUUCUUGGGCUGGGGUUCAAGACGGAGGCUGAUCUUGAGGAGGUGGUGAAGGCGGUUUUGGGUGAUUCGCUGUGA